AUGAUUGGAUUCUUUUUUUCACGACCGAAGCCAGCAAAGAAGGUCACGGUUCGGUCGGGCAAUGCAAGACGUAGCCGCCAGUCUGGUGGCAUGCUUCCAGCAGAACCUGUAGUAGAAGAGGUCAUCGUCGAGGAUGGCGAGGAUGUAAAUGAAGUUGACCUUGCGGCUGACGAUCCGGAUGCAUCCAAUCCAGGAGGCAAUGAUCCAAGCAAAGCUGCGCAUGAUGCACAGGUUGUUCGUAGUGUUCACGAACAGGCCAUCCGUGACUGCUCGAUACUGUACGGCAUCGAUCUCACUCCAGAGACCAGAAAGGAGGCCUUAGGCGUCUUCCCAAAGGUUGCAGGUCUUGCACGUCGCGUUCACGAUUCGGCGACUCUCUUCGAGAAGUUCAACCGGCUUGUAGCCGCUGAUCCAGCCAUGUUGGGCCAGAAGCGUACGUUGGACCGCCGUGUUGCGACGCGCUGGAACUCUGAGCUCGCCUGCCUGUCCGCCCACAUCCACUUCAAGAAGCAAGUCAAGCAGCUGACGAAUGAUGAUGAGAAUGCACUUGAUGCAUAUGCUCUCUCGCCCUCGCAAUGGAAGCUUGCUGAAGAUCUUGUCAGUGUUCUGGAGAUAUUCGAUACACCAACCAAGUUGUUCUCCAAAAAUGAGGUUCCGCUCAUUUGCGAGACAAUCCCGAUGCUUGAAACGUUCGAGGCUCAACUGGUGGCCGUUUGUGAUCAGAAACAUGCACAGCUUCCUCCGAUCAUCCGGGUUGCGGCGCAAGCUUCUCUUCUCGUGGUGGGCAAGUACUACGCCCUCAGUGAUGAUAACGAGAUCUACCGUAUUGCAAUGGUUCUCUGCCCAUGGAGGAAGCUGCAAUGGUUUGCUGUUCGCCAGUGGUCUGCUGAAGAUAUCAGCACAGUCAAGGCCAUCACGAUACGCACCUUCAGAGAGAUCUAUGCGGGCGACUCGAACAACACCGAAGCUGUUGGUGCCAGCUCAACGGCUAUUGCCGCACCGCUCAAACGCCAGGUGAGUGUCCAAGUAUACACCCGAUCCUUCGUCUGA